AUGGCGCCUCGCGCCCUAACGCUUCUCGCGCUCGCGCUCGCGACGCAACUUAGUGUCGAGGGCUUCAGCCAGAGUGACAAUAGCGCCUGGAACGCGCGCUUUGCAGAACUGCACAACGACCUCUACACCGCGCCGCUACCGGCCGCUCUCGAUCAGUGCCGGAACAAGGGCAAAUCCACUCUCGCCCAAGUCACGGUCGCCGGCAACAAGCUAUCGUCGGAGCUCGCGGCGACCUGCGGCGCGAACACGCUCUGCAUCAUCGAGGGCGCCGUCGAGGUCGACCGGAACUGGAACGUCGGCGCAUUGAUCGUCAAGGGCUCGCUGGCGCUCUCCGGCGGCCGCUGGCUCUGGCGCGUACACGGGGUGCGACACUACCCACGCACCGAACACGCGACCUUUCCCCCGCCCCGCCCUGCGCGUUCGCUUAUUAGGCGACGCCUCUUCCUCUUCCACGCCCUUUUCCUCUUUGUUUCUUCUUCUAA